GAUUAACACGUGACCAGUAGGUGAUGGGUGUUUAAAAUCUUAAUAAUUAUAAUUCUUGUUAUUAUUUCUAUUGGAAAAUAUCACCCGCUUUUCGCGUCGUUUUUGACGUAAAAAUGUUAGGUUAGUUUCUUAACAAGCAACCAAAAUGUCAACUUUCGAAUCAUGGAAGAACGUCCACAACUGUAAACUGUGUACCUAUUUCACAACAUCGCUUUUCUUUAUGGUAAACCACGUCAGACAACACCGUUUCCUUACGGAAAAAUUCGCUUGUGGAAGCGCCGAAAUCGAGUUCUACCACUGCAAAGACUGCGAUUUUAAAACGGAACUAACGAUUCUGUUCAAACAACACAUUAGUAAAAAUCACAGCUUUAAAGACGAUUCAUCCAGUGAGGAGUUCAUCAUACGAAACUACGUUUGUGAAAAAUGCAGCUUUGAAACAAACCUGUCGCUAAAAUGGCUUCAACACACUGCAGCAUGCACAAAGAACAAAGAAAAUCUUGAUUGGUAUUACUGUACGGAAUGUCCCUACCGAGCUAAAGUCAAAAGUAACUUAAAAUGUCAUCAAGAAAGCCGCCAUUUGAACAAACAAUAUGCCUGUGAUAAGUGUCCGUUUAAAACUGGCUGGAAAGCCGCUUUAAAAAUCCACAUAAACCGAAUCCAUUUGGACGAACAAGACGUUAAGUGGCACGAGUGUGACAAAUGCCCGUUCAAAACUAAAACAAAAAGCAGCUUAAAAAGACACAUCGACUACGUACACCUGACCAAAGACGACAUUAAAUGGUACGAAUGUGAUAAGUGUCCAUUCAAGACUAAGUAUAAAUCGAAUUUUAAAAAUCACGACAUUUUGAAACAUCUAGACGAAGAAAAAAUCAAGUGGUACGAAUGUAAAAGUUGCCCGUUCAAGACUAAGCUGCUGUGGAGUUUGGAAAAGCACGUGAUUACGCGACAUUCGGACGAAAGGCAGUGUAAGUGGUACGAAUGUGGCAAGUGUUCGUACAAAACCAAAUCGAUUUCAACUUUGAAUAAACACAGGAAUGAUAAUCAUUCGGAAAAACCGGAAGGGUAUGAAUGUGUGAAGUGUUCGUAUAGAAGUAAAACGAAAAGGAAUUUGCAGCGGCAUGUAAAGGUCCAUUUGGAGGUUAAAUCGUAUCAGUGCGAAUAUUGUCCGUAUAAAGCUAACGCCAAUUAUCUUUUGAAGCAUCAUGUGAAUAAUCGCCAUUUGGAUGAAACGGAGGUUAAAUGGUACAAGUGCGAAAAGUGUCCGUACAAAAUUAAAAAUCAAUCGUCGUUCUACAAACACAAAAGGAAAGUGCAUUUGUAGGACCUAAUUUAUUUUGUGUGGUAGUUUUUCAUUAAAAUUUCCAAAAAAAA